AUGGUUAGGGUUGUUCUUGCCGUAGCGGGCUUCGUUGCCGUCGCGCUUGCCCAGCAGUCGACUUAUACGGGCCCAGUUUUCGACGAGGAUACCGCGCCCUACUUCGGUAGCUCUGGUCUUGUCUUCCCUACGAGUGCCGAUGGUACACCUGCGUUUCCCAGCGCCCCAACUAUCACUCCGUCGGCCAGCUCUUCGACAAUCCCCACCCCCGUUUCCAGCUCCAUCUCCAGCUCUAUGCUCAGCUCCGUACUCAGCUCCAUGCUCAGCUCCAUUCCUAGCCCCACACUCAGCUCCACGCUUUCAACAGUCGUCUCGCAAAACUCCACUAUUUCGUCUUCCGCAACCACUUCGAGCGCCUCAACCAUUUCGAGCCCAGCAACCACUCUGAGCUCAUCGUCUCGUUCGUCUACAUCUGAUAGCGAGUCGCGUACUUCAACCUCUACGACUGAUGAUGAUGCUACUACAAGUAGGCUGACCGCUUCUCCGACUUCGACAGGUGCGGCCGCUACCAACUUUCCGGAGGCUCUUGGGAUCAUGGUUGGAGGUCUCGUGGCUGGUAUGGCUAUGCUUUAG